UUUUCAGAUGGUCCUCUCCUUCACUGCGCUGCGAGAAGUGGAGACGAUGAAGCUGUGACAGUCUUAUUGGCACAUGAAAAUACCGAUGUCAAUCAAACAGAUGGUUUUUGCGAGAGCCCAUUGAUGGCAGCGGCAGAACAUGGCCACAUCGAAGUAGUAAGGCUACUACUCCAACACCCAAAGAUCGAUGUCGAUAUCAAGGAUCGUAGCCAUUUGACACCACUGCGAAUUGCCAGGCUCAAUUCACACCAAGAAAUAGUAGAUCUUCUGUUAUCCUACGGCGCCAUAGAC